ACUUCAUCUGCCAUGCCAGGCAGCGGUGUUGCCUGGCGGGGUGUCUCGGUGCAGGCUGCGCGGAGCCCUGGCUCCCUCGGGAGGUGUCGGCUCCGAGCCCCCCGCAGCAUCACUGCGAGCCCCGAGCCCCCCGCCAACAUGGCGCCCCUGACCCCCGCGCUUCCUCUUCCGGCCGGGUUGCCAUGGCGCUGCCCCCCGGCCCAGCCUCCCCCCGCCCGCCGGUGUGUGUUUACAUCGGGCAGGAGGAGCCGGAGCCCCAGCGCCGUGGGAGACGGGCACACAGCCGCCGGCCGCCCGCCCUCCCUCCAUCCCCGCCGGGCGGUGCUCCGGGAGACGCGGCAUGAAGAAGCUUCCAACUUCGCGGGGGAUGUGGUGUCGCUUCUUGGGUCCGUCUCCCUGGAAAGAAUCCCCUCUUCUCUCCGUGAAAACCUGGCUCGUUUCCUGCGGCGCUGAGACGGGAAGGGAGUAGCGUGGGAGCCGGGGGAGGCUGCCUGUCCCUGGCCUCGCUGCCCUUCUAGGCGGUUGUCUCCACGAAGAAGUUGCCCUCCUUCCCGGGCAUCUUCCCUCAUGCACAGCAUCUCGUGCGCGGUGUCGCUCCCCGGCGGCCGUGGGGUUCGUGCCUUGCUGUGCGGCCGGCGCUGCUCCGGUGCUCACCUGUGCUGCUGCUCUCGCAGGCCCUUCCCUUAGCCUGGGGGAGAUCUUCGCCUUUCUCCGUAGUUUGCUGUGAAAAACUGUUAGAAUAGAGAAUGUCUAACCUGAGCCGGCUAUUGGUGUGAGUGCUGAGGCUGGCUGGACUAUAUAGAGGUAGUGAUAUAUAACACUCAGGUGUGAGGUUGUAUCUUCUGUGGUGUUGGUUAGGAGUCAGUAAUGGUGUUGUAUUGCUUUUUCUUCACUUUAUGUUAUCAUAUCUCUUUAAUUUUCAGGUGUAUGACUUUUGAAGGGUUUUCUCUCAUUAAUCAGUCUGAAACUUGAGGCACACCAAGCAUUCCCUGUCUCCUGAAUUUGUCUAGCAGUAAAAUAAAAAAUGUAUUAGCUAGGUUGUCAGCUCUUUGAGGCAGAAACUGUUUAGGUCUGUACCAAUCCUGAUGGAGAAAUUUGGCUCAGGCCUUCCUCCAAGCCUCUGAGUCAAUAUUUGUUAGUUCCAAUAGUGUAGGAUAAUAAAAGGAGUUGCUUCAAGUUUCUUCUAGUCCUAAACGUGGUCUAGUGUUGCUGUGCCACUCCUUGUGUCCACUCGAGGACUCCCGGCUCGCUCCGGCACAGCGGAUGGCGGGGGACACUCUCCCGUGCCUCGGGAAGGCAGCUAAGGCUUUUGGCCUAGCGGGGGCCCUACCUUAGAAACACAGAUGGUGGAUGAUGAAACUGAGACUGCAGGUGAAGAAUUGCCUCCUCAUCUGCGAGAAGAGCCUCCCGAAGUCUCAACCUGAAACUGCAGGGGAGGAAAAACCAGAUGAGAUGAAACACUUCACAACAUUGCUUCUACUGGAGCUCUAUGGAGAUGCCAGCAAGGACCACCCACAGCAGCAGGCAGGAGUCAUCUGGAGAGUGACAGGCGGCCUAUUCAGUAUCACCCGGGGAGCUGUGGGGGCCACACUGGGAGGAGUUGCCUGGGUGGGCAGCAAGAGUCUGGAGCUCACCAAAACAGCUGUGACCAGUGUCCCCGCUGCUGGCGUUGGACUGGUGAAGGGCAGCGUCUCAGCAGUGACCGGCGGCGUCGGAGCUGUGGGCAGUGCGGUCGCCAGCAAAGUCCCUUUCACUGCAAAGAAGAAGGACAAGGCUGACUAAUCCCUGUCACAGCUCCCUUCCAAAAGAUCAACCUGCCCAUACUGUCCCCCUACCCAGCACCUCUUUGAGUUGGAACCAGCCGCUUCAGGGAGGGUCGAGCACCCGAGCAGACUCUGGCUGCAGCCUGCUCAGCACUGCCUGCCUAGCUCAGAGCUCACAGAGCCACUGUCAAUGCCUUUCACUCCCAUCACCUACUGGGAACCAUCUUUACUCUGGGGACUUUAAAGGUGUGGUUGUUUCUGUCUUGUAGUUUCCUUCCUCCCUUCUUGUUCUUGUAAGCAUGGAGGGAUGGGAGAAAGCAUCAGGCUCCAUCUGCCUGGAGGUGAAGGGAGUAACAGGGUAUGGAAGGGAACUAUGCCUGGUUUGAAGUGUGGGUUGUGUGGUCAAAUUCAACUUCAGCUGGAAAGAUAGCCUCUGAAACACCCCUUCCCUCUGUAAGGUGUGUUUGGGAGGUGUGCCUAGUAGAGAACUGCCGAAGUCCCAUCGACACAAAGGAGAAAUACUGUGAAGAGGGGGAAGCCUCCCUCCUGCCCUGUACCUCUUACCUUUUCUUUGCAGGGCCCAUCCCCACAAGCUGCUCCCAGUCACUUACUCCCCAGCUGAAUUGAACCCUUCAGAGAGGGAACCCUCAAGCUCAGCAGAGCAGCUCUGGGGUGAUGCCUCACUAGGGCAUGAUACAUCCCAGACCAUCAAGUUCUGCACAAAUUUUCUUGGUGGGAGGGAGGAAUAUGAAAGCUGCUGUAUGUUCCCAUUUGGGGAAGGAACUGACAGUGUCACUUGCCAGGCCUCUGUGAUAUUGCAGUACAGGCAGUGAUGUUCCACAGAGAGACCAGGCCUUUUGUUUGACCCUUGAAGUCCUUCCAGUAUCCCACUCCGUAACAAGGGCAUUUCAUCUCUUGGCCACACUCAUGCUCCACAGACAUCACUAGUAACCAGGAGCAAGUGUGUUCCCAAAUGCCACCCAAAUUCUGCUGCAGGGAUGGAGGGGAAGCUGAGAGUCUUGCUCUCCCCACGACUCAGCACCCUGGGAGUGAAGGCCUGGGUGUGAGUGGGCUGCACCAUGUUGGAGAACACUUCCCAAGCUGCUGAGCGUGCUCCAACAGCAGUUAGCCUGCAAAGGGCACCAGCAACUCCUCUUCUGCACGCUGCUCCUGUGGCCCCAGCCGGGUUCCUCUGAAUGACCACGCUGCACUACAUAGCCCACCCAUAGUCGUAAGGCCGCAGAAACCCAGACACCUGCAUCCAUCUGGGAGUCACAGCCAUCCUCAGCCUGGCCUGUGAUGCUCAAGGGGCCAUAUGGCAUCGUACACACACAUACAAACAUGCACUCACUCACUCACUCCCUCCAAGGUCCCCUGUAAUUCUUGGGAUGAGGAAAGCCACAGGCUCCAGCAUUAACUCUGCUGCUUCUGGCUUUGGCAGGUGAUUUGCCUAGGUCUGUAGGUGUUGGAUGCUUUGGCAGGUGAUUUGCCUAGGUCUGUAGGUGUUGGAUGCAUAGGCUUGUGCUGUAUUUUAUAAACAUGCAUCUGUGUUAGCGUGCGUGUGUACGUCUAAGUCCACAGGCAUGUCUUCAGCCAGGGAAAUAAACCUGUGCCACUGCCGCAGAGGAGUUCACACAGUCAUCUUUGGCACUUUCAGCAUAAAGUUUUUAUAUAGGGUCCUGGUCAAAAGAAAAAUCAUGUUUUAGAGGAUGUUUUGCCCUCUGUUGCCCAAGAGCAUAGUUUAUUGAAACCAAAGGAAUGUGAAAAAUCCCCUUUCUCCUGUCUGUGCUGUUUGUUUUCUCUCAGCCCUAUCUUUUGGACAUUGAAUGCAACUUUCUUGAUUUUCAUUUCCCCUUGGAGGUCGUUGCACUUCCUGACUGCUCUCUCGUGCUUAGGACUUAGACAUCAGGGAAUAUUUAAGUACAACACACAUACACCCCCGCCACCAUUUUUGCUGAAUGUUCUUGAGCUUGUGAUGCAGUUUUUGUUCUGACCUUUAUUAAAUACACAUUUUGGGAUGUAUGUUGCUGUGUCCCCCUGAUAAUCAUGCUGGUGUUAGUCACUCUCCAUACCCUUUGCUAGGUAGCCCCUCCUGUUUGCAGUGGUAAGAAGCUGCUGAUCUCCACAGUUUGCUACUCUUGAUAGCAUGAGAAAGGUUUGACUUACAUUUUUGUUUCUGAAGAGGAAGCAGCAUUUGGUAGGUGUGUGCAUUUCCUCACUUCGUGCCCUUUGUUCUGGUGAAGGCCAAGUUGACCCUGACAUGCCAGUUUUGUCUCUGAAGGCAGUGGCUUCACAGAAAGAUCAGGCCUUGAUGUGUGCCUGUACUUUGCUGGGAUGCUCGUGGCAGUUGUCAAGGCCAGAAGAAGUCUUGUCUGUUCUCCCUUUGUCUCAAACGCCCUGCAAAGCUGGAGGACAGUUUGCGCUGCACAGAUCUCUGCUCACUGCUCUCCCUGAGCACAACUCAUCUCUUAUUCCAGAUCACAGACUGCCUCUGAAGCGAGCUCUAGCCCCAAAGCUGAAAGCUGCUUCUGUGUAACUAGCUGUGUUGUCACCAACCCUCUGAGAAAGAUAGCUUCUGGCCAAUUGGGACAGAAGAGUCUUUUUCCUAAAUGUCUCUCCUAGGCCUUGGACAGGAGAAGAUAGAAUCUAAGAACCUUCAGCAGCCAGCCCUGGGUGGGUGGUGGGAGGCUGAUUGUGCUUUUGGCUAAAUAGUGUCUCACACAGGCUCUUGCUGGGAGAGGCAGUACAUCCUGCCCAAGCUGUUGUCUGCAGGCCCUGUGUGUGUACAGAGCAGGUGUGGCAAAUGGGAUAAAGGCGAUGUAAGGAAGGCCACUGGGGCCCUGAGGGUUUCCCAUCUUUCUGUUUCUUCUCUACUGUGCAUCCUUGCAGGAAAUAGAGGAAAGCCUGUCAUUUGUCUGGAACUGCCAUUUCCUUGCAGGAUGGCCUGGAGAAGAAGAGAUGAGCUGGAGAGGAGAACUCACAGCUGAAAUCGCUGUUCUUACAGCCCAGCUAAAGGACAGCUCAGGGACCAUGAGUAGCAACAGAUCAAAUUAGCAGGCAGGGGUAGAAGAUUAAAUCUACUCCAAAAACAAGGCCUCACACUGCUAAACAGGCAUUCAGGAAUAAGUAACUCUCCAGGACUCAAAGGCUUUAAGAAAGCCUGUGCUAGGCCUGCUCAGUUGCCCAUGGUGACCCAGUCCCAGCCCACUCUUCUGGACAUUUACAGUGCCAGAGCAGAGGGAAAACGGGUCAAUCUUCCCAGUCUAAAAGUAAAGAUGCCUUCUGACAACUUUGGUUGCAGGACAGUGGGAUCUGGAUUGGAUGGGGAAGCUGUUGGCUCUUGUCAGAUGCUCUAUCUUUCCUCCUCCAGCCACCUGGGCUACUGGUGUAGCCCUUCUCUCACUGCCCAUUCAUGGUACGAAGGGCAAAAAUGGUGUUGUGCAUAAAUCCCAUGGCUACCAGAUGGGGUAGCUUGGUACAAAAUAAGAGGGGGUGGUAUCGGGUAAGAGGGGGUAGAGGGAAGGAUUAAAGGGAGUUGAUACACAGAAGAUGAGGAGAGAGUGGUGUGACAGAAGGAGUUGAGGAGUGAGGCAACAAGAAAAUGAGGACCAUGGAAAGAAUUUGUUUCUUAGGACAGGCUUUGAAUCAGAAGAUGAGUGCAAUGGAGUUUGUCCUAGGGAAGAGCACAGAAAGGGGAGUGGGUCAGUGUGGGUUUUGGUGUGUGGUGGUGGUACAUGCCUGGCUUGUGCCCUGCUUCCAUAGUAAUGAUGAUUGCUAGCAAUUUUCAUUUAGGCAGAUCAGUGGAUGGUUGAAGCAUCAGACCAGCUUCCUUCUUAUCACCCACCCUUCCUAAAUCUCUCCCGUGAUCUCCCCAUGAUGGGGCUGGGUCUCCCCCAUGGUGGAGGUGGGAUGUGACCCUGUUUGCAGCCCUGUGUCCCACCUUGCCUGGCUGUUCCCUGUGCCCAACAAACAUGUCCUAGCUGAAAGGAGACCCACAGGUGCAUCCUCUCCUCCCUUUUCCCUGACCUGUCUCAUUGUCCUUAACUUUUUUAUCCCUCCCUUAGCUUUCAGUCUUGCCCAUGGAUAGAGCUCCCCACAGCUUUUGCUGAGACCUUUGUUAAACAUCCACACUCACAUUGUCUGGGAGACCAGAGGGUGAUUGCCUCCACAGCUCCCCUGGCUGGGAGAGAAUUGCAUGUCUUCCACCCCUCUCUGUUCCCUUGUGUCUUGCGUGUGGAAAAUCUUAACCCACUUCUUUUUCUCUGGGUUCCCUUGUUGGCUCUUAUCCCUGUGGGUGGGUCAUUUCUGUAUCUCCAUUGCAAAGUCAUCUUGUUAAAACAACAGCACGAGUGGGAAUAUGGAGAUGGUUAGAGAGAGCCGAGAGCCAGGGCCCAGCUCUGCUUCUGUAGGAGCUGAGGAGGCCUUCGGCAACCCAAAACUGCGGCCAUGCGGUCCUGUGCACAGUGCUGGGCUCCAGAGAACACUUUUGUUCUUUAUCAUUUCAUUGUCUGUAAUUGGUUUCCUACUGAAUUUGUUUGCUUGGUUUGUUUUGCAGUGUGUUUCCGGGAAUAUUCUGCAUCUCUGUAUUUUAAUUACAGUAAAAUUUGAGGAUAAAAACCA